AUAUUUAUUGCCCUCGUAGCUCCAGCUGCUGCUGGAAGAGGAGGAGCUAGCUGGGCGGAGGAAGGAGGGGAGGGUGUUUGCAGGUCGCUGUUGCAGGCUCGCAGCAGCUGCCGCCGCCUCAGUGAGGGGCUCAUUACUCGUCGCAGCAGUUAUUGCUGUUACUGUAAUGGAGAGGAUGCAGCUGCAAGGGCCCAUCGCCUCCUCGCUGUGGGCGGACCAGCAGGCGGCCGCCAGCACCAGCGCCGCCGUGGCCGCGGCCGCGCAGAUGCCCUUCCUGGCGCUGCUCCAGGGCGCGGGCAUCGUGGUGGAGGACGGGCAGGACGGGCGCAAGAGGAACGCCGCCGCCUUCGCGAGCGCCGCCGACCUCGACCUGCUCGAGAGCUGCGUCACGCAGGCGGCGGCGGCGGCGGGUGACCCUGUGGCGUCUGCGCCGGCGACCAGGGCGGAGAGGCGGAGGAAGCGCCCGAGGCCGAGGACGCGCGCCGCGCCGCCGCCGGAGAAGCGCAGGAAGCCGGAGGAGGCCGAGAGCCAGCGGAUGACGCACAUCGCCGUCGAGCGCAACCGGCGCCGCCUCAUGAACGACCACCUCGCCUCCCUCCGCUCGCUCAUCCCCUCCAGCUACAUCCCCCGCGGCGACCAGGCGACGGUGGUGGGCGGCGCGAUCGACUACGUGAAGCAGCUCGAGCAGCAGCUGGUGGCGCUGCAGGCGGCCGCGGCCGCGCGACGCGGGGCCGCCGGCGCGGUGGGCACGGCGGCGACGGCCGCGUCGGACGGCGUGUUCGUGUCCCCGCAGUACGCGAGCUACUCGGAGGCGCGCGGCUGCUGCGGCGGCGUGGACGUGGAGGCGAUGGCCGCGGUGGGCGGGCACGUGCGCGUGCGCGUCGCGGGGCGGCGGUGGCCCGGGCGGCUCGUGCGCGCCGUCGCCGCGCUGGAGGACCUCCGGCUCGCGGUCUUGCACCUCGCCGUCACCUCCGUCGGCCAUGACGCCGUCGUGUACUGCUUCAACCUUAAGAUGGAGGACGGGUGCGAGGUGGCGACGGCCGACGAGGUGGCGGCGGUGGUGCACCAGAUCUUCGCCUACGCCGGCGGCACAUGCUGCUGACGACGACGCCGGCGGCAGCGGGCGGAGCACGUAGCGGAGACGAUAAGUCAAGAUCGCCAGAGCGCUGCGGGGCAUGCUGUAUGUACACGACGGCCGCGGCCGCAGAGGAGAGACGACGUCGGCAUGCGUAGAGAGAGGAGAGCUAGGGGACCGAGCAUGGCAACGGCCGGCUGCAUGCGGGGGUCCAUGCGGCGCGGCGCGCAGAGGAGAGCAGAGAGAAGGAGACCUCUCUCUGCUCUACUCUACUGUUGUUUACUUGGCUGCCACGACCAGCAACAGCAGAAACUGCAGUAAGGGUGAAGAGCGUAGUACAACAGUGUUGGAGUGGCAGGGCUAGCUGGC